GCAUCUUCUGUCGUCCGCCAAUAAACACAGAGAAGAAGAAGAAGAAGGCUGCUUCCGGUCCGGCCGACAGCAGCGCGGGAGAUUCCAGCAUGGCGGUGCAGCCGAAGCACAGCCUGUCCAUGGACGGUGCCGCCGAGCAAGGCUUCCUCAGCUUCAUCAGCUCCAUGCCGGAGAAACCCGACACCACCUUCAGGGUGUUCGACCGCAACGACUUCUACACGGUGCACGGCAGGGACGCCACCUUCACCGCCAGGGAGGUGUUCAAGACCGCCGCCGUCAUCAAGCACCUGGGCUCAGGGAGCCGCAGGCUGGAGAGUGUGGUGCUGAGCAAGCUGAACUUUGAGGCCUUUGUGAAAGACCUGCUGCUGGUGAGGCAGUACAGAGUGGAAGUGUACAAGAACCACAGCAAGAGCAGCAAGGAGCACGACUGGAAGAUCGACUACAAGGCCUCUCCGGGAAACUUGACCCAGUUUGAGGAGAUUCUGUUCGGCGGUGGAACCGGAGCGGUGGGUUGUGCAGGAGUUGUAGCCGUGCGUUUCGCCACCGGAGCCGAUGGACAGCGCGUGGUCGGGGUCGGCUACGUGGACGCCGCUCAGAGGACGAUGGGGGUGUGCGAGUUCCCGGACAACGAGAUCUUCUCCAACCUCGAGUCCCUUCUGGUCCAGAUCAGCCCCAAAGAGUGUCUCUUGGCCCAAGGCGACGUCAGCACCGACGGGAAUAAACUACGGGAGGUGGUACAGCGGGGCGGCAUGCUGGUCUCAGACAGGAAGAGGGCGGAGUUCAGUUGCAAGGACAUGGUCCAGGAUCUGAACCGGCUGCUGAGGGCCAAGAGAGGAGCGACUGUUGCCAGCAACACGCUGCCUGAGCUGGACAAACAGGUGGCGAUGUCGUGCUUGGCUGCAGUGGUGCGUUUCCUUGAGCUGCUCUCCGAUGAGUCCAACUUCAACUCCUUCAGUCUGACCUCACUGGACCUGGGUCAGUACAUGAGGCUGGACAACGCUGCCGUGAGGGCUCUGAACCUCUUCCAGGGAUCACCUGAUGACACCAGUGGAGCUCAUUCAUUGGCCGGACUGUUGAACAAGUGCCGUACACCUCAGGGCCAGCGUCUCGUCAACCAGUGGAUCAAACAACCGCUCAUGGACAAAACCAAAAUAGAGGAAAGGCUGGACCUGGUGGAGAGCUUCGUUUGCGACUCCGAGCUCAGGCAGACCUGUCAGGAGGACCUGCUGCGGCGGUUUCCUGAUCUUCACCGUCUGGCCAAGAAGUUCCACCGUCACUCUGCGACGCUGCAGGACUGCUUCCGGGUCUACCAGGCCGUGAGCCACGUGCCCGCCCUCGUCUCAGCCCUGGAGAGAUACUCAGGCAGCUACCAGGUUCUGCUGGAGGCCGUGUUCCUCUCUCCUCUCAGAGACCUGCAAUCUGACUUUGUUAAGUACCAGGAGAUGAUUGAAACCACGCUGGACAUGAACCAGAUCGACCACCACGAGUUCCUGGUGAAGGCGUCGUUCGAUCCGGCGCUGAGUGAGCUGAGAGAAAAGAUGGACGCUCUGGAGAAGAGCAUGCAGGCGGUGCUGAACAGUGCAGCCAAGGAGCUAGGUCUGGACGCUGGUAAGACGGUGAAGCUGGAGUCAAACGCCGUGCUGGGUUUCUACCUGAGAGUCACCUGCAAGGAGGAGAAGAGUCUGAGGAACAACAAGAAGUUCACCACGCUGGAUGUUCAGAAGAACGGAGUGCGCUUCACCAACAGUAAGCUGAGCGCUCUAAACGAGGAGUACACCAAGAACAGAGAGGAGUAUGAGGAGGCCCAGAAUGCCAUUGUCAAAGAGAUCAUCAAUAUCGCCUCAGGUUACGUGGAUCCUCUCCAGACGCUGAGCGACGUGAUCGCUCAGAUGGACGUGGUGGCGAGUUUUGCCGUGGCGUCCGUCUCGGCUCCGGUGCCGUACGUGCGACCCCGGUUGUUGGAGGCCGGCUGCAGGCGUAUGGAGCUGAAGCAGGCCAGACACCCCUGCAUGGAGACGGACGCAGACACCGCCUUCAUACCCAACGACAUGUCCUUCACCCAGGGAGAGAAGAACUUCUAUAUCAUAACAGGACCAAAUAUGGGGGGCAAGUCGACAUUUAUCCGUCAGGUGGGUGUGAUUGCUCUGAUGGCUCAGAUUGGCUGCUUUGUGCCAUGCGAAAAGGCGGAGCUUAGCGUGAUUGACAGCAUCCUGGCCAGGGUGGGAGCCGGAGACAGCCAGGUCAAAGGAGUGUCCACCUUCAUGUCCGAGAUGCUGGAGACGGCCGCCAUCCUGCGCUCGGCCUCGGAGAACUCGCUCAUCAUAAUCGACGAGCUCGGCAGAGGCACGUCCACGUACGACGGCUUCGGUCUGGCCUGGGCCAUCAGCGAACACAUCGCCUCCAAAAUCAGCUGCUUCUGUCUGUUCGCCACUCACUUCCACGAGCUGACGGCGCUCGCAGCACAGCAGCCGACCGUCCACAACCUCCACGUCACGGCCCUGACCUCCCACAACACGCUCACGAUGCUGUACAGAGUCAGAGCAGGUGUGUGCGAUCAGAGUUUUGGAAUCCACGUUGCCGAGUUGGCGUGCUUCCCGCCAUCGGUGGUUGCCAUGGCGAAGGAGAAGGCGGAAGAGCUGGAGGAGUUCCAGGAACCUGCAGGGGAGAAGUCUGAGCAGGAGGAAGAACCCGAGGCCAAGAGACGACGGACUGACAAACAAGCGGGGGAGAACCUGAUCCAGGACUUCCUGGAGAAGGCCAAGUCCCUCCCUGCUGCCACCAUGAGUGAAGACGAGGUGAAGGCGGCCCUCAGGAGGAUGAAGAAGGAGCUCAUCGCCACAAACAACACGUAUAUCACAGAGAUCCUCUCGCGCUGUGUUCCUGCAAAGACAGCUUGAUUUUUAUUUUUUUUUUAUAUACUCAAAUUCUUGUGUUCUGAUUGGCCAACAACGGUCAAGUUCUGUAUCUAACCACACUAAAGCGCUUAAGUUGUAUAGUUUAUUAAUAAAGAAUUAUUUCUGGAUGUGCUUGAUAGUUGUUUCCGUCGCUGCGUUGUGACAUGAUGUAGUGCGAUCAUAAUCAUUUAAUGCUAUGUAAACCUGAACUAAUAACCUCCUGGGGUUCAGCAGCAUUUAAAAAAAACAAAAAACAGACAACUUUUUGGUGAUUGUGCAGGGUGUGAAUUUAAAAACAAGACACCUGUGAUCUAAUAAAGUUUUAUUUUCUUAGAAAUGGCCAGUUUCCUGUUUUCUUUUUUGUCUUUCUAAGAAAGUAUACCCCUUUUUGAAUUCCAACUAGCAUCUACAUAAUGGUUAUUGAAUACUUCACAAUAUAUUAAGUCUAGAUGUUAUGGUACAUGCAUACGAUUCAGGCUGCAUGAGGAGCCACAGUCACCACGAUACACGGGGGAGAGAAGGGGGAGGAGGACGAGUGGGGGGGGGACAGCAGACUGACUCCUCAGUUCCAGUUCAAAGGAGCUGAUGCCUCCUAUUGAAACCCUCUCCACAAAACACUGACUGCAUCAACUUAUAAACAUAUACACACACGCACACAACUUCCACUGUACACAACACAUUUACACACAUACACACCUUUAUACAAGUGUGGAGCCCCUCCACCUGCCAUUUAAGCAAAUAUACUGGAGAGGGUUUUUAGUGUUUAGAUUCUCUUUCACAGAAAGAACUUCACCACUGGGACGUUUGAGUGUCUGCACUUUGCCUUGGAGUCGGGAGAGGAACAGGGAAGCUAACCAAAACAAAAAAUAAUAAUUAUAAUAAUAUAUAAUAAAAUAAAAGACAUUCAAAUACAGUCAAAUUUUUGCUUGAAAAUACAAAACUACAUGAGAAAGCAUUGAAAUAAAAUCCACUGAUCAGAACAUUUUUUUUUUUUUUUUUU